GUUACGAUUCAACCUCAAAUGAUCAAAGCUUAUUUUGUCAAAGUAGCCUACAAUAUACCUCAGUUUUUCCAAAUUGUCUAUAUUUUAGUAGGAAACUAUAUUUAAAUUUAAGCAUAUUUAAUGCACUGCACUUUCGAGUAGCAUCCUUUUUACCAUCAAUAACUCUACACACCCAUUAUGCUCAAGAUAUUGUCGUGGGUCAGAACGCGAUCAAACAAAUCAGCAGUAAGAUGUUAUCAAAAUCAGAUGCCAAAUGGACGUACAACAUGCUCAUCGUCCACACCGGAUGCUAGUCGAAGUAGUCUCGUGGGUAGGAAGAUAAGCGACCAUAGGAUGUGGAGAUUCCAAUCCCGUGAGCUGCAUAUCAAUCGCUUCACCGAGCAAUCCCGUGGAGGCUUGGCAGAUGAAGAGCAGGAUAACCAGGGUAUUAAGGAACCGACACUACGUUGGGGCAUUGCGCCCGUUAGCCUGAUGGCGGAUGACUUCGCCGCAGCCCUGAGUGUCCUGCCACCACAAAAUCACCGCAUUGUGUCCUGCGUGGCAGCCUACAGGUCACAUGCUCUGGCCUUUGCCGAUCGCCAUCAGGUGAAGAAUGUAUACACCAGCUUUGAGGAUUUGGCCAAGUGCCGGAUCUCAGACGUUGUGUACAUCUCUCCGCUGAAUCCUCAGCACUCGGAAUUGUGCCACCUGAUGCUCAACCAUGACAAGCACGUACUGUGCGAGAAGCCAAUCUGCAUGACGGAGGAGCAGGUAAUCAAGCUGGUGGAUAAGGCCAGUGCGCGACGACUCUUUCUCAUGGAGGGCAUGUGGCCGAGAUGUGUGCCCGCCUAUCAAUACCUGCGGCAUCAGAUCCAGCGUAACCGCCUUGGUGAGCUUCAGGAAGUCCAUUGUACCCUGGGGCUGCCAGUUUCCGAUAGUAGGCUGGCUCUUUAUGGUGGAGUUACCAGUGACUUUGGCGUCUAUGGAAUGCAGCUGGCACUCUGGGUAUUCCGUGAGGUGCCACGCUGCCUCAAGGUCAGUGGCAGUGUCAACUCAGAGAAUGUGGAUGUGGCCGCCAAUAUUGAGAUGUAUUUCAGUGGCGCCAAGCGGGCCUUCAUCGAAGUCAGCUCGGAGAAGAGGCUCGAAAACUUGGCCAUCAUUCAGGGCAAGCAGGGAAGCAUCAAGAUGGGCAACUACUGGUGUCCCACGCGCCUAAUCACCGAGCAGGUGGACUUUGAGUUUCCUUUGCCGCAAGCCCAACAGAUGGACGCCACUCAUUAUCACAAUCGGGUGGGCAUGUGCUACGAGGCGGAGGAGGUGAGGAACUGCAUCCUGAAGGGUAGCAACGAGAGCCAUCUCUUCAGCCACAACGAAAGUCUGCUGUUGGCCAACCUUAUGGACACCAUCCAUGCCGAACUGGGUGUGGGUGAGUUUGCCGCGGCACGGAAGCAUACUCCCAACUUGCAACAAGAGAUCUACAGUGGCCGGGACAUGGUGCAGGAUCCCGAGGAGCUGGACAGCGAGAUGUGUCGUGUGGUGCAAGAUGUUUGCACGGGGACACCAUUGCAUCCAGCAAGGCGGAGGUGGAGGAGAUGGAAGACAAGGCGAAGAUAUCAAAGGCUCUCGAUGCUCCUUAAAUAAAGGGAACGCGGUGUUGGAGGUGGAAUAGUAUUGUCCUGUAAAGUAAUUAGUAAUGUGUCUAGAUAAAAUGUGAAUGACUUGACAAGUAUAUAUUAAAUUUAGUAUUAAUCAUAAAUAA